AUGGAUGCAGGAUUAGCACAGAAAAAUUGGGAAUUAGAGAAUAACAUCACAGUGGUAGAUCCUAACCAGGACCAAAUCUACUUUUACAAUGCUGAAGAGGACAAACAAAACACCAAUGUGUUUAACAUCAGCUUUAGUCCACAUUAUUUUAAACAUGUCAAAAUUUCUGCUAUAGCACUUAUUAAAAUGGUUAUGCAUGCUCGUUCUGGUGGUAAUAUUGAAGUCAUGGGCUUGAUGCAGGGCAAGAUUUCCGGCGACACAAUGUAUGUCAUGGAUAGCUUUGCAUUACCCGUUGAGGGAACGGAAACAAGAGUAAAUGCGCAGAAUGAAGCGUAUGAAUAUAUGGUAUCAUACAUUGAAAAAUCCAAGGAAGUAGGAAGAUUGGAGAACGUUCUGGGAUGGUAUCAUUCACAUCCGGGUUAUGGUUGCUGGUUAUCGGGUAUUGAUGUCAGCACGCAACAACUAAAUCAACAAUACCAAGAGCCGUUCGUGGCAGUAGUAAUCGAUCCAAACCGUACUAUUUCUGCUGGAAAAGUUGAGAUUGGCGCAUUUAGAACUUAUCCAGCUGCAAGACCCUCUGAAUAUCAAACUAUACCAUUGAAUAAAAUUGAAGAUUUUGGUGUGCAUGCUAAGUCCUAUUACUCUUUGGAGGUCUCACACUUUAAAUCAACGUUGGAUACACAACUGUUGGAGGUCUUAUGGAAUAAAUAUUGGGUUAAUACUCUAUCACAAUCGCCUUUGUUGACGAACCGAGACUAUGCAACAAGGCAAAUGUCGGACCUUGCAGAAAAGCUUAAUAAAACAAACGACAAUAUGACAGGGCGGAUGGGAGGAUACUAUGGCGAUAGGAAAAAAAAUGAUGACAGUCAACUCAGUAAAGUCAAUAAGGAUAGUUCAAAGAUCACUGUGGAGGCGGUACACGGUCUUCUUUCCCAAGUAUUGAAAGAACAAGUCUUUAAUUAUCCUCGGGUCAGCAGCAGUGAGUCACAAUUAGAUAAUUAA